AUGGAGCCUGGAAACCUUGAAAGACCUUUCAAAGUAUCCAUUGUCGGCGAUGCAGGGGUUGGCAAGAGCAGCUACAUCAAAAAGCAGUUCUCGCCGGAUUUCAAUCGAGACUACCUCCAAACAGCUGGCUAUGAAGUAUCCAGCUGGUCUCAGGAAUAUGAGCUUUGGGAUGUAUCCGGCAGCCAAAGUAAACUCCAAGACCGGCAGUCAUGGCUAAAGAAUAGCGACGCGGCGAUCAUAAUGGUCGACCUAGCACAACCAACUACUUUCGAACACGCCCUUCGCUGGUACGAGGAACUACUAUUGGCAAAUCCAUCGGGCCUACCUGUUGUCGUAUGUACAUGGAAGCCCGUGCCCAAAGAUCAGCUGCUGGAUGUAGACCCCGAGGCGCUUUUUUGGCUCGGCGAGACAGAAAAUGUGCAGUUCUACGAUGUUGCAUCUGAUAUUUCACGCUUUGAUCAGCCGCUUUUGUGCAUUGUGCGGAAAUUGAUGAACGAUCCCGAUGCGAGAUUUUGGUUUCCUUAUACACUAACUGAUGACGAUUUGGAGAUACAUGAUUGA